GGCAAUGUCUGGCUGCCGUCCAACGCAGAAGCUGCACAGAAACUCGAAUUGGGGGAGGUCCAUCCACAGGUCGAGACCUUGGUCAAUGAGGCAGAGCUGGGCACCUCAUGGACAAUCCAAACGAUUGCUCGAAGAGAGAAACUUGCCAGAUCCCGAAUCGGAGCAAAUUCACCUGCUGGUGAAGGUCCCAAACUGGGCUGCAACUCGUCGCGAGUCGCUUUGUCGGACCGGUUUUGGGGCCGGCCGCCGCUGUAUUGGAGUUGUAAGUGCUGCCUGUGCUUAUAG